CCCCACACGGAGCUUGCUUGAGUCGCCGCUCUCACGCGCCACCGAGGUAGCGUGCACUUCCCGCCUCCUCCAUUUCAAUAAAGUCCGCCCCACCCACCCAUCCUUUCCUUUACCUCUCCCGCCAGUGAAAGAAAGAAACUGCCAAAUUGGGUUUUCGUAGCAAUGGAGGUGCCGGUGAUAGAUCUGUCCCGGUACUUGGAGAUCGCCGACCAGCUGAGCGCCGACCCGGCGAAAAUCGCCGCCCAAUCGGCGGAGCUCGGCGAGCUGUGCAAGGAGGUCAGUCGGAUACUCAAGGAAACUGGCGCAUUAGUGGUGAAGGAUCCGAGAUGCAGCGCCGAGGAUAACGAUCGCUUCAUUGAUAUGAUGGAGAAGUACUUCGAGAUGCCGGCAGAAUUCAAGCGCCUGCAGGAGCGACCGCACCUGCAUUAUCAGGUUGGGGUGACGCCGGAAGGUGUAGAAGUCCCCAGAAGCCUGGUUGAUGAAGAGAUUCAGGAGAAGCUCAAGGCGAUGCCUAAAGAGUUGCAGCCUUCUUUUCCCCAGGGAGCUGAUCCCAAAUGGCGGUACAUGUGGAGAGUAGGCCCUAGACCAUCGAAUACUCAGUUUAAGGAACUCAAUGCAGAGCCUGUCAUCCCUGAAGGUUUUCCUGAAUGGAAAGACACCAUGGACUCAUGGGGGCUCAAAAUGAUCUCAGCAAUAGAGGUUGUUGCUGAAAUGGCAGCUAUAGGUUUUGGCUUGCCCAAGGAUGCAUUCACUUCUCUUAUGAAGCAGGGACCUCAUCUUCUUGCUCCAACAGGGAGUGACCUUCGCCGUUAUGGCAAUGAAGGCACUGUCUUUGCUGGAUAUCAUUAUGACCUCAACUUUCUUACGAUUCAUGGGAGAAGUAGAUUUCCUGGUCUUAGCAUUUGGCUAAGAAACGGCCAAAAGGUUCAAGUGAAGGUUCCUGUUGGAUGUCUGCUUAUUCAGACAGGGAAGCAGAUAGAGUGGUUGACUGCUGGUGAUUGCAUAGCCGGUAUGCAUGAGGUUGUUGUCACCAAGAGAACUAUCGACGCAAUCAAAUUAGCAUCAGAGCAAAAUCGCAGCCUGUGGAGAGUAUCCUCAACGCUCUUCGCGCAUAUAGCAUCAGAUGCCGUGUUGAAGCCUUUAGGACACUUUGCAGAAUCCCCACUUGCCGCCAAAUACCCGCCCCUCCCUGCUGGAGAGUUCGUCGAACAGGAGCUUGCAGUCAUCAAUCUGAAAGGAAACAAGAAGGAUGACACUGGUCGCUAAUCAAUUCGGCGACAACUUAAUUUAACCCAUUAUCAUUGUCAAUUUUUUACUAAUGCAAUCAUGUGUCAUUUCAUUUCUUGUCCCAAACAUACAAUUUCUUAGUGAAAUGGAAUAUCCAAGUGUGCUUUGUUAUAUGGAGAUUGCAGCCUUUUUGCCUUAUCAUUUAUGUGCAUCCUUCUGGUAAUGAUAAAUUGUGGUUGUAGGUGAGUGUGCGGUACUGGGUUAGACCAAAUCGGCAUAGGACUAGAUCAAGAGUGAAGAAACGAGAAUAAGAGUUGAAGGGUAAGAGCAUUUGAUCUCGGCUGGUUUCGGUUUGGUCUGGUUUUCAUUGUGUCGAACAAGAUCUAUAGGAUGGAAGCCAACUUGAGUAUACUUGGCCGGAUUCUGAUUCCAUUUAAACCAGUUCAGUUAAGUUUGGUUUGUUUUCCCGUCGUUUUUAACAGGAUCUGUGAAAUCAAAACUAAACUGAACUAUAAUUGUUCCUUGUGUUUUAUCCUAAUAUCGAUUCGGUCAUAUUCGAGCUACAUUUGCCACUGAAUGGAGCCUGAUAAAACUUCCUUUAACCACAUAGAGCAGGGAUUCCUCUGCCCUCUUAUCACGGCAUCAUUCUGUACUAUUAACAUGCCCGGCUGAGCUAUUUUUGCCUAAGCAGUUUUUAACCCAGGAAAGAAAGCAGAGCGCCAAAACUGAAAGGGAACUAGUCAGAAUGGAGUCAUGAAGUUGGAGCUGGCUAACUGUUUCAUCAGUGAAGCAAACACACAGGCAACACAGGUCAGAUAGAAAGCAGAGCAGCCGCAUGAAGUGUAUGAUCUCUUUCUCUACUCCAUCAUACAUACAAUUAAGCCCUUAAGGCAUA